CGUGGGUUGGGCGGUGGGGAUGGAGUGCGCGCCAGCACUUCCGCCGUCCGCAGACUGCUGAGCCGAGGCAUGGCGGUGGGUUGGCGGCGGGCGCGAGGCCGAGCGGGAAAUGUCCGUUUGGGGCCAGAGUCUGGGUGUAUAUGAAUGUAAAUCUUCACCCAGUGUCAAAUAAGCCCAGGAAUCUGACUACAAGGACAACUUCUCUGUAGGCUAUUACCGCAGGCACAGAAUGAGCACCUGUUGCUGGUGUACACCGGGUGGUGGUUCCACCGUAGGCUUCCUGACACGCUAUGCAUCCAGGACCCGCUCCAGUGAAUUUCAAACAGCCGAUGAAGACCUCUGCUACUGCUUGGAGUGUGUGGCUGAGUACCACAAAGCAAGGGAGGAGUUGCCCUCCUUACACGAGACUUUAUGGGAACUAGAAACCAUACGUCUCAUAAAUCACUUUGAAAAAUCCAUGAAGGCCGAAAUUGAAGAUGACGACGAGUUAUAUAUAGUAGACAACAAUGGAGAGGCACAGCUGUUUGACUUCACUGGUCAAGACUUUGAAAAUAAGCUUCGAGUUCCACUUCUGGAAAUACUGAAAUAUCCUUACCUGCUUUUGCAUGAGCGUGUUAAUGAAUUAUGUGUAGAAGCACUUUGCCGGAUGGAACAAGCUAAUUGCUCCUUUCAGGUUUUUGACAAACAUCCAGGGAUCUAUUUAUUCCUGGUCCACCCAAACGAAAUGGUGCGGCGUUGGGCUAUCCUGACGGCAAGGAACUUGGGGAAGGUGGACAGAGAUGAUUAUUAUGACCUGCAGGAGGUUUUGACUUGCAUGUUUAAAGUCAUCGAGUUGGGGCUCUUAGAACGUCCUGAAAUUUAUACCACUUCUGUCCUUGAGAAGGGCAAACUGAUUCUUCUGCCCUCGCACAUGUAUGAUACUACCAACUACAAAAGCUAUUGGUUAGGGAUUUGCAUGUUGCUGACCAUUCUUGAGGAGCAAGCCAUGGAUUCACUGUUGUUGGGCCCAGACAAACAAAAUGAUUUUAUGCAAUCAAUACUUCACACCAUGGAGAGACAAUCAGAUGAUGGUAGUGUGGAUCCUUUCUGGCCAGCAUUACACUGCUUCAUGGUGAUUCUGGAUCGUCUCGGAUCUAAGGUCUGGGGUCAACUCAUUGAUCCUAUUGAGGCAUUUCAAACCAUCAUCAACAAUGUGAGCUACAACAGAGAGAUCCAAAACAUACGGAACAGCUCUGUGAGGAUGAAGUUAGAACCGGACUCUUAUCUGGAUGAUAUGGUGACUUGCAGCCAGAUUGUGUACAAUUAUAAUCCUGAAAAGACCAAAAAGGAUUCAGGGUGGAGAUCAGCCAUUUGCCCAGAUUAUUGUCCUAACAUGUAUGAAGAAAUGGAAACAUUAGCUAAUGUGCUUCAGUCAGAUAUUGGUCAAGACAUGCGUGUUCAUAACAGCACCUUCCUGUGGUUCAUUCCUUUUGUUCAGUCCCUCAUGGAUCUUAAGGAUCUGGGCGUGGCCUACAUAGUAGAGGUUAUUCACCACCUGCACUCGGAAGUCAAAGACGUCCUCAACCAGACAGAUGGGGUGUGUGACAAGGUCACCGAGUUCUUCCUUCUCAUUUUGGUGUCAGUGAUUGAACUGCAUAGAAAUAAAAAAUGUUUGCAUUUGCUGUGGGUUAGUUCGCAGCAGUGGGUGGAAGCCGUCGUAAAGUGCGCCAAGCUUCCCACCACCGCGUUUGCACGGAGUUCUGAGAAGUCAUCUGGGAACUGCUCCAAAGGAACAGCAAUGAUAUCAUCUCUGUCAUUGCAUUCAGUGCCAUCUAACUCUGUACAGCUUGCUUGUGUGCAGCUGAUUAGAAGUCUCCUAAAAGAAGGUUAUCAGCUGGGGCAGCAGACUCUUUGUAAGCAAUUCUGGGAUAAGCUCAACUUAUUCCUACGAGGAAAUUUAUCUUUAGGUUGGCAGCUGACUAGUCAGGAAACCCAUGAGUUACAAACUUGUUUAAAGCAAAUUAUUAGAAACAUAAAAGUCAAAGUACCUCAAUGCAGCACUUUUGUGGAUGUGACUCCUGCAUGUAAAACUCCUCCUGCGUCUUAUAAUAAAGAAGAGCAUGAACACAAAGGGAAGAAGUCUGUGAAAGACAGGCACUGUCUGGAAAAUUCCAGCCCAGCAUUUUCUAAAGACCCAAUGAAAGCUGAUGCAUGUCAAGGCCAAGAGGGUAUUUUGAGCAAAGCAAGUAACGCUAUAGAAGAGGGUGAUGAGCAAAACUGUAUGAAAGAUUUGAAACCAGAAGAUCGUCUUGCACCUGAGUCAUGCUUAAAGCAGAGUAGUAAAAACUAUUUUCCUGAAAGAACUCAAGAGCAAGUUAAAAAGAGUGCAAGGAAGCAUAAGUCUGUAAAAGAGAAUUCCUCGCAUACACCACAGAAUUGUACUUCAAGAAGUGGUCCGGAAAGUGUGUUUGACAGAGGACCAGCACCAUCAACACACUUGUCGACUGAUUCUCUGGAAAAGGUGUCCACAUCAAAUGAGGAUUUCUCUCUAAGGGAUGAUGCUCUUGGCAGAACCUCCAAAGGAAAAAGUAAGGCACAGAAAAAUGAGGUGUGCGCUAAGUUAUCACAUGUAAUGAAAAAGCAACACAAGAAUAGUGGCCCUGUCAGUAAUGCUGUCACUGUAGACGACAACCUGAGCGUGCCUAGCCUUGAGCGCUUCCGUUCAAAGAAAGAUGCGGGAGGGCAGAAGGGAGAUGGCUGCUGCAUACACAAUCUCUCUAAUGGUAUUCUGGACGAUAAACACGGAGAACAGAAGUCUCAAAACAACUUCAUUGCCAAAAAGAAACAAAUAAAGAAAGAAGAAGAGUUAGAUCUUUUCUCUACCCCUGAAAACAGUUGUCAAAUACAGGAAUAUCAUGUUGGUAAAGAUUUGGUCUCAUUUGCAGAAACAACCGAUAUUUUCAUGAAGAAAACACCUCCCUUUAAGGACCCCGUGACGCUGCUUGAAUUGACAGAUAAGGAAAUUAGCAAGAGUACCAGUCAGUUUUGUUCUGUUUUAGGAGAGCAGACCCCUGGCAUCAGUCCUAAGUCUGACACCUUAACAGAUUCUCAGGUAGACAGAGACCUCCACAAGUUAUCUUUGCUAGCUCAAGCCAGUGUUACUAAGUUUCCAUCAGAUUCAACUCAAAAAAGUUCAUCCCAGCUACAAAGAAAAGUAAAAGAUGAGAAAAGAUGUCUCAGAGCUAACCAAAAUAAUGGGGAAUCCAGCCAUGGACAGAUUAUUAUUAUUUCAGAUUCUGAUGAUGAUGGUGAUGAUGGAAGAAUUCUAGGUUUUGAGAAACACAUGAAACAGGAUAAAACAUGCACUGAGAAAGACCGCCCAGAGCAGCACACUCCAGGAGCAAAUACAAAUGUGGAACAGAAGGUAAUAAAGGAAGAAAAUACAAGAUCCCCUUUGCAGUUUGAGGAAUCUGAUUCUCAGUUUUUCGAGUUUGAAAGUCCAUAUGAAGUGUUUUCAGUUUGGCAAGAUGGGAAACCAGACAAGAAUUCAGUUCAACAGGACGAAAAGUCAUGCUUGACUUAUAUAGGUGAUAUCACAAAUGAUUGGGGUUAUGAUACAGAUUAUAUAUCUGAACAGGUCAUUAGAGAGGUAGAGGGCGUUGAACAGGCAGAACCACAGAGCAGCAGUGUUUCUGUUAAGGAAUUUUAUGAAAUUGAUGUAAAAAAACCCAAGCGAAAACGAUACGAAAAUUCUGUGGCUGAAGAUCCUGUAAGGCCUUCCUCUUCUAUCAGAAAUGAGGGCCAGUCUGAUACUGAGAGAGAUCUGCCUGAAAAUGGUCUUAAAAGUACAGACAAAAGGACUAGAGCUGAUGCAAGUGUUAAGAGAGCCACUGAGGUUUCUCUAAAGAAGUCUUCUAAGCUUCGCACUCACUCCAAACCUAUCAGGAGAGUCCCACUUUCUGAAACUCCAAAGAAAACACAUGCAGAGACUAAAAAAGGGCAGAGUAAAAGUUCAAAUUACCUAAGUUGUAGAACCACUCCUGCUGUAGUGCCAGCAAAGAAAUUUCGCAAGUGUCCUGAACCCACUUCAAUAGCGGAGAAACUUGGUCUGAAAAAGCGUCCUCGUAAGGCAUUCGAGUUGUCACAGCCAUCUUUAGAUAGUUUGGCGCAAUUACGGGACCAUGGCAAAACUGUCGGAGCGGUUGAUACCCAGAGAAAGACCAAAUUAAUUGCUGCUCAGUCUCUGUCUGUCAAAAAUAAUAAGAAACUGCUGACAAAUCAAGACCUUCAGUUUCGAAGGCAGGUGAGACCCAAAGCACAACAGAAUAGACAAGGACCCUUUGAUCCUGAAAAUGCAGAUGCUGCCAGAGCAGGGCCACAGGCAGCCCAGAAUUCUGGCAUAUUUGUACCAGCAUCAGAUAGGUCAGAUUAUAGUUCCAAAGGAGGAGCCGAGGUAACUGCUAACAGGAGUGGAAAACAGUUAAGAAAAUGUGCAUCUUCUGAACCAGAACCUAUAAAAGCAAAAUGUGCUUCGCGGGCACCUGAUGACACUUGUCCUUUGAACCAGGAUAAUCCUAUAGUGUUGAAUGGAAGAAAACCGACAAAUGAAAUAGUUGCCUCCACUUCAGAGGACCCUUUAGGUGGAGGUGACCUAAUAGCAACUUUGAAAUCAGAGGGAGAGCCUGAAUGCAACAGUGAUAUAGAGGAAGAUGAUAUAUUUUUAACACAGCGUGAUCCUGAAGAUAUGGACUUGUGUUCACAAAUGGAGGAAGGGAAUGCUCAACUCAUUGAAGUAGUUCGUGGAAAAGAUACAGUUCGGGUCGAGGAAGAUUCUAGGAGUCGGCCUCAGUUGGAAUCUCUGAGUAGCGCAAAGUGUAAGUAUAAAGAUUGUGUUGAAACGAUGAAAAACCAGGGUGAAUACUGCUCAAAGCACUCUGAAGCCAAAGCAGCAGAUGAGGAUGUGUUUCGUAAACCCGGCCUGCCUCUUUCUGCAUCUAAACCUUCCAGACCUUCCACUACUAAGAUUUUUAGCUCAAGGACUACUUCACGAAUUGCUAAUCUUUCCAAGUCUUUGGAAAAUGCCUCAGCACUUCCACCAACUCUAAAAAAUAAGUCCAAUGGGGUACAGCCUAUUUCAAAAGUACUGCAGCCAGCCUCUCUGAUGUCUCCGAAGCCAAUGGGUGAGGUGAAGAACUUGAGCAACGUUCCCUAUUCUCAGGCUCCAAGUACUUCCAACAGGCAAGGUUACAGAGGUGCAUUUGGUGAGAGCAAGUCUUUCCCGGCUUCCUCGGCCGUCAGCAUUCUCCUGUCAUCACAGUCCAUCUCCGACGCCUUCGUUAAAGAGGUCUUGAAGUGGAAGUACGAGAUGUUUGUCAACUUUGAUCAGUGCGGGCCCCCAUCGGGUCUUUGUCAGGCCAUCGCGAGACGUGUGCCUGUCAGGUUCCAAGACAGCGGAGAUUAUUUUAGCGUGUUUUUCCCUUUGAUGAUACUGAAUACUUUUGAAACAGUGGCACAGGAAUGGAUCAGCUCUCCAAAUAAAGAGAAAUUCCAUCAGUUGCAUUUACGAAAAUUUCCUGCUGAUUAUAAAAAAUACUGGGAGUUUGUGGUUUACCUUGAGGAAUGUGAACUUGCUAAACAGCUUCACCCAAAGGAAAAUGAUCUGGUGUUUUUGGUUCCUGAAAGACUGAAUGGAGAGAAGGACGUAGAGAGAAACCGUGCGCACAGCCCCCGUGAAUAUCACUGCGGUUAUGUUCAUAAGUUCCGCCGCACUUCAGUCAUGCGCAGUGGGAAAUCUGAGUGCUCCCUGUCCAUCCAGACUCAAGAUAAGUUACCAGUCAAUUUAAAUGAAUUCGUGAAAUGUGUUGUCAUCAGCUCUCUGGUAACCACGCAAAGGAAGUUGAAAGCCAUGUCUUUGCUGAGUGGUCGGAACCAACUGGCCAGAGCCAUUCUGAAUCCAAACCCCAUGGACUUCUGUACAAAAGACUUGCUAACGACAACAUCUGAGAGAAUUAUUGCCUACUUAAGAGAUUUCAAUGAAGACCAGAAGAAGGCCAUAGAAACUGCGUAUGCCAUGGUGAAACACUCCCCUUCCGUCGCCAAGAUCUGUCUGAUUCAUGGACCACCUGGAACCGGAAAAUCCAAAACCAUCGUUGGCCUCCUGUACCGCCUGCUGACAGAGAACCAGAGGAGGGGGCACUCAGAUGAGAACUCCAAUGCCAAAAUCAAACAAAACCGUGUCCUUGUGUGUGCGCCUUCCAAUGCCGCUGUUGAUGAACUUAUGAAAAAAAUUAUCCUCGAAUUCAAAGAAAAAUGUAAAGACAAGAGGAAUCCUUUGGGAAACUGUGGAGAUAUAAAUUUAGUACGUCUAGGUCCAGAAAAGUCUAUUAAUAACGAGGUCCUAAGAUUCAGUUUGGACAGCCAAGUUAACCACAGAAUGAAAAAAGACUUACCUUCCUAUGUUCAAGAGAUGCAUAGAAGAAAGGAAUUUCUAGAUCAUCAGCUAGAUGAACUUUCCCGCCAGCGUGCUUUAUGCCGAGGGGGAAGGGAAAUACAGAGGCGAGAAUUAGAUGGAAGAAUCGCCGAAGUUUCAAAAGAAAGGCAAGAACUUGCUUCUAAAAUUAAAGAGGUUCAAGGACGCCCACAGAAAACACAGAAUACCAUCAUCCUAGAGUCGCACAUCAUCUGCUGCACGCUGAGCACGAGCGGUGGUUUGCUGCUGGAGUCCGCUUUUCGCGGGCAGGGGGGUGUCCCCUUCAGUUGUGUCAUUGUCGAUGAGGCCGGACAGUCUUGCGAAGUUGAAACUCUGACUCCACUCAUCCAUCGUUGCAACAAGCUUAUCCUCGUAGGGGAUCCUAAGCAGCUCCCUCCCACAGUCAUUUCUAUGAAGGCCCAGGACUACGGCUAUGACCAGUCGAUGAUGGCCCGUUUCUACAAACUGCUGGAGGAGAACGUGGAGCACAACGUGAUCGGUCGGCUGCCUAUUCUCCAGCUCACCGUUCAGUACAGGAUGCAUCCCGACAUCUGUCUCUUCCCUUCUAACUACAUCUAUAACAGAAAUCUGAAAACAAACAGCUUGACGGAGGCCAGCCGGUGUUCGUCAGACUGGCCGUUUCAGCCCUACCUCGUGUUUGACGUCGGGGAUGGCUCCGAACGACGGGAUAACGACUCAUAUGUAAAUGUGCAAGAAAUAAAACUGGUAAUGGAAAUAAUUAAACUUAUUAAAGACAAAAGGAGGGAUGUUACUUUCCGAAACAUUGGCAUAAUAACCCAUUACAAGGCUCAGAAGACGCUGAUUCAGAAGGAUUUGGACAAAGAGUUUGAUAGAAAAGGGCCGGCAGAAGUAGACACCGUGGAUGGAUUCCAGGGUCGUCAGAAGGAUUGUGUUAUUGUUACAUGUGUGAGAGCAAAGACCUCGCAAGGCUCCAUCGGGUUUCUGGCAAGUUUGCAGAGAUUGAAUGUCACCAUCACACGAGCCAAGUACAGCCUCUUCAUCCUCGGACAUUUGAGGACCUUGAGGGAAAACGAUCAUUGGAAUCAGCUGAUCGAGGAUGCGCAGAAGCGUGGCGCCAUUAUUAAGACUUGCGACAAAAAUUACAGACAUGACGCAGCCAAGAUUCUGAAACCCAAGCCCGUACUGCAGAGAAGUCUGACUCACCCUCCCACCAUCGGCCUGGAGGCGUCCCCAGACGGCGAGUUUCCCAGGACGGCUAUUGCUUCUUCCCUGUACCACUCUCCCUCUGACUGCAGAGACGCCACGGUUACUGCCAGUGACCCUGAAAGGCCACCCAUUCAGGACCGGCUUCGGGACCCGCGACUGCUGAGGCGGAUGGGCCUGAGCCCUGAAGCCAAAGGGAAAUGCUCAAGGGAGCUGCAGCCCUCGAGCCCCCAGCAGCCUGGGGCAGCGCCCCCCCCGGGAGAGGCGGGCUUCUCUGGAAGUCACCAGGAUCCCGCCGGUCCUGGGCAGCAGCCCACCGCCAAAGGAGCUGCUCCGAACCUCCACAGACCUCAGGCGCAGGGCGAGCCUGCAGCCGCUAGUACGGACGCUUCCACGAACAAAAGAAAAUGUGACCCGGAGGAGGGCUCACUCAGCCACAGAAGAGAGACCAGGGCUUUCAGCGAAGGGGGCCAGGAGAGGCGUGGCUCUGUGCACCACCACGCAGGGAGGGACGUGGGCUCGGACGAGUGGGGGCCGCAGAAGGAGGACGGUGGCUGGAAGAAGAGAAGGCUUUCAUAGUGAAGCCGGACGACAGGCUGUCACCCACAGGCAUCACUGCAGCCCUAAGAUGACCAGCUCCCAGGGCGGCCCAGAUAAGAUGACUUUGCUCCUUGAAGGAGUUUGGGCGCUGUUGGGAAACAGCCCAUGUACCUGACCCCUGAGCCCCCCGGGUCCCGCCGUACCUUUGUCAGCAGCAGAAGCUCUCAGAGGGCAUGCGCCCAUCAGUGCUGACGUCCUUGAGGCCAGAGACUUGAAGUGUUGCUCUCUUGCUCCUCUGAGAAGAGGAGGUCGGACUGGAGCAGACGUUGUAAAGGUUGGAAUGUAUAUUUGUAUAGCAAAUAACAAAAUCCUUUUAAAAUUUAA